CUAAAGACAAGGCCAAAGGGAAAUGUGGAGGCGACUUGUGGUUCAUAUUGUUCAGAUAGCUAGCGACAGCUAACGUGAGGCAUAGAGAGAGAGAGAACUUCUUUGUAAUACUGUAACCCUCAGAGUAACUCCCAGGCUGUCUAUUCCUCUAAAGAAAACCAAUACUUGAACGUUAGGUUAGCGGUGGCGCUAAGCUAACAUUAACAUGGAUAUGGCCGUAGUUCCGGUCAGAUGUGUCAGUGAAAACCGACUGCCAAUCUCCGCCUGGAACUGUCACAGUUAUACAUUCAUGUGUUAUUUAUCGACAAACCUAGGCAACACUAUAACUACUUAGAGGGUUUUAAACGUUUUCUAACACCUAAUGUAAAUCGGCAUUAAGCUUUCAGCAUUAUUCAACAAUAUUUCACCUUUAUCGCUUAGCUACACGAUGCUCACCAGUGUUACCACCAGGGAAACCAGUUAGUUGGCGUUAGCUAACGUUAACCCUAUACAAGUUUAUACGAAUUAACCUUUUACUUGUUACCCUUUGUUUUUAACGCCGAACUGAAGAGUGGAUAGUGUUUCCGAAAAUAUAUUGAAACAUAACGAUGUUUAAUUUGCCAAUUGACCAGUUUAUAUGAUCACAUUUUUGCUGGCGUUAAAUUGGCAAGUUUUUAAACCGAGUCUGGCUCUAUGUGCUCAGUCUCAUCCUAUCCACGAGAGCAGCAGCACGCAAAAAGGUUUGAUGAAGAUUGUGACGAUACGGUGAUGAUUGUUAAUUGACGCAGGUGGUAGUAGUUAUAUAAAUUAGCUCUUCAUCUUUAAUCUUUUAAUCACGGGCUCUGUCUCUCUUAAUGUACGUUAGAAUAUGAUUACUUGCAAUGUCUAUGAAGUAGAGUUUAGUGUAAGGAGGGACUGCAGUUAUAUAUGCAGGUGCGCUGCUGGCUGUCGGUUCACUAUGGCCCAGAACCAGGUGAUUCUGCAGUUCCGCUUCGCCACAUUCGGGGACUCCAUGCUGCAGAAGAUGAACCUCUUACGACACCAGAGACGCUUCUGUGAUGUCACAGUGCGCAUCAACCAGCUGGAAGUCCCUGGUCACAAGGUAGUGUUUGCCGCUGGCUCUUCUUUCUUGAGGGACCAGUUCAUCCUGCAGCAGGACUCCAGGGAGGUCCAGAUCUCCAUGAUCCAGGAGGCGGAGGUGGGCCGGCAGUUGCUGCUGUCCUGCUACACAGGUCAGCUGGAGUUUCCUGAGCUGGAGCUGGUGCAUUACCUGACAGUUGCCAGCUUCCUCCAAAUGGGCCACAUUGUGGAGCAGUGCACUCAAGCUCUCAGCAAGUUCAUCAAACCUCAGUCUGCACGCCAGCUGGAGGUGGAUGUGGAUAUGAGGAGGGAGAAGAGGGACGAGGGUUUAUCCUCCCAGGUCCAGAGAGAGCAAGAACGCUCUCAGGGCUCUCAGACUGUGCAGCAGGAGGAUGAGGAGGUGGAGCAGGUUGAGGACGAAAACAAUGGUGACGAUGACGAAGAGGACGACGACGAUGAUGAUGUGAUCAUACAGCCCAAGUCCCCUCUCCAGGUAUUAGGCAGACGUUCAAGGCAGGGUAUGGUGGAGAGUGACAUCACUAUAGUAAAAGUGGAGUCUGUGUCGGAUGUAGCAGAAAACUCAAUCACUGGUCACUUCCCCACCAGCCCACCUGCUGCCCUCCACUCUCCUGAGCCCCAGCACUCCCUCAUCAACUCCACAGUGGACAGUCGUGGCAGUGAGAUGGCGGUUCCACCUGGUGUGGCCGGAUACCCGCUCAGUCCCCCUCCUCCAUCCCCUCCCGCAGAGAAACACAGUGGGCACCAGAGGAACUACGACAAACCUCUCCAGUGGUACCACCAGUGCCCCAAGUGCGCCAGAGUCUUCCGCCAGCUGGAGAACUACGCCAACCACCUCAAGAUGCACAAGCUGUUCAUGUGCCUCCUGUGCGGCAAGACCUUCACGCAGAAGGGCAACCUGCACCGACACAUGCGCGUCCACGCCGGCAUCAAGCCCUUCCAGUGUAAAAUCUGCGGGAAGACCUUCACCCAAAAGUGUUCUUUGCUGGAUCACUUAAACCUGCACAGUGGGGACAAGCCGCACCGCUGCAACUACUGUGACAUGGUGUUCGCUCAUAAGCCAGUUCUCCGCAAGCACCUGAAACAGAUCCACGGGAAGAACAGCUUUGACAAUGCAAACGAAGGCAACCUGCACGACGGGGGGCUUGACUUUGAUUUUGGACAAAUAUGAAAUCUGUAGACCUUUUUUUUU